AUGAAAUCCGCCACCUACCUUGCUACUCUUAUAGCUGUCCUUCCCGCAUACGUCAAUGCUCAGGCCCAGGAGUGGAGACAGUGUGGCGGUAUUGGGUGGGCCAGGGCGACAACCUGUAUUUCCGGAACAGUCUGCACAGUCUUGAACCCCUACUACUCGCAAUGUUUGCCAGGCACUGCGACCACUGUUGUGCCACCUCCACCUUCGACAACGGUCUUGUCCCUCACAUCAUCUGCUCUGUCCACUGGACCCACAGGCACCAGUUCUAUGAUGUGCUCUGUCGCCUCUACUAUCUCUGGCUUCAAUAAUGUGGAGCUUCUGAACCCCUUCAUCUUCAACGAUGGCACACCCAUGCAGACAAAGGAUGACUUCACCUGCCGCCAGCAGCAGAUCAGCGCACUCAUCCAGGGCUAUGAGGCCGGUGCCCUUCGGAGUCCGCCUCAGUCUAUUAGCGCGCCGUUCUCAAAGAGCGGCUCCACUGGCACACUCAGUAUCACUGUCACCAACGCCGGGCAGUCUAUCAGCUUCGCACUGACCAUUUCCUUCCUGAGUGGCACUCUCCUGGCCAAUGGCUGGCCGCUGGUCAUUGCUUUCGAAGGCAGUAGUAUUCCCAUUCCUGCAGACGACAUGGCCCAGCAAACAGACACCACAAGCAGAGGCAAAGGUCUCUUCUACAACCUCUACAAUUCCAAUGUCAGCCGCAUCAUUGACGCGCUCAAACAGACCCCGUCUGCCCAAAUCAACACGCAGUGCCUCGCGGUUACGGGCUGCUCGCACGAUGGCAAGAGCACACUGAUGGCGGGUGUGCUGAAACUGUGUAUUGCGCUUACCAUCCUGCAGGAGUCAGGCUCUGGUGGGGACACGUGUUGGUGGCUGAGCAAGUAUGAGAGUGACACGGGAAACAAUGUGCAGACAGCAACAGAGAUCGUGACAGAGAACAUCUGGUUCAGCACGAACUUCGCCAACUACGUGAACAACCUGCCCGUGCUCUCAUAUGACUACCACAUGCUUAUGGGCCUUGUCGCGCCGCGCGCUCUGGUCUCGUUUGAAAACACGGACUACAACUGGCUCUUGCCCAUGAGUGCCUGGGGUUGUGUCACCGCCACCCACACGAUUUUUUCUGCACUUGGCGUCUCGGACAAUUAUAGUUUCGCGCAAAUCGGUGGGCAUGCACACUGCGCAUGGCUGUCUUCGCUCAUGCCGAACCUCAACGCGUUCUUCAACAAGUUUCUGCUCGACCAGAACGUCAAUACGAGCGUGUUCUUGACCAACAAUCAAUUUGGCGGAGCGCAGUGGAUGCAGUCAAAUUGGAUCAAUUGGACCACACCCACCUUGACUUAG